AUGUCUGCCAACCAACGCCAUGGCUCUGGGCACCGUGCGGCCUCAGCUACGUCCCUGCGAUGCUACGCCGCCCUGCUGGCGGACAGCGCCUCGCAGUUACAGCAGCAGGAACCAAGACCCCAUGUGCAGCGAGCUGCCGUCUCAGUCGCCAUCGACUUGCUCGCCGAGACCGCGGACCUCCUGCACGCGAUGUCCUUCUCACUUGAAACCUCGCGCGCCGACGCCCGGGCCCUGACUGGGGAGCUGAUUGGAGAGCUUUUGCUAAGCGGCGUACUGGAACACUGGGCUCGCACGUUGUUGCUUGCACGUCGCGCCGGAGCGUCGGAUGAUACACUUGCGAAGCUACAACGCAAACUAUUCAUCUUCAUACAGCGGAUUCAGCCUACCUGCGGCAUUCUUACCAAAAACCAAGACAGCCUGUCCUACCUGCUGUCAGCGCAUCUGGUACAGCUGGCUGCCGUACUUGACGGCGGAACUACGUACGGCAUGCCGGCACGGGCAGCGCCAGGGCUGCUAUGCAAGGACGGACAGCUGUUUUCGAGGGGUUACCCAUGCAGGAGUAUAGAUACCUUCCUCGCUGAGUUGGCUCUGUGUAUCUGGCGCGAACGCAUCUCGGAAGUGGACUGGAUAGCUGGCCGUGUAAACUGGCUGGACGCGCAGUUUAUGACACAGACCAGCUUAGGGAUAUUUCCUGUAAUGGCCGACCAUGGCAAUAACGUGCAUGUCGUCUCAGAAGGGGAGGAGGAGGGCGAGGAGGCAGGGAGCAACCCCGGGGUACAGCGAGCAGCGGCGAUGGGAAAAGGAGGAGGGGGGCCGGCUCGGCAACCCACAUGUUCGUACCUUGCACUUAUGAAGCGAGAGAAUGAGCUCAAGGAGGCCGUCAGGAACUUACGGGCGUUGCCAAGGUCCUCCGCGUUCACCGUACCGCCGUUUAACCUGCCUGCCACCUUUAAUGUGUCCAUGCGUCUGGCGGCAGCGGCGACGGAGGAGCUGCGGCAAUCGGCAUCGGGGACGGCGGCGUCGGCGGCAGCGCCCGCUGGCCCAUGCAACUUACGGCCGGAGGCGGGAGGCCAGGGCCCUGGGCAACAUCGGCCGCCGCAGCAGCAGCAACAGCAACAGCAGCAAGCGCCCAAGGAGAGCUCACGGGACACCGGGCAGCGAACACAACUGCGGAGGCCGCCGCAGGCCCCGUUGUUAUCCGACGCCGUGUCGCUGGGCCUGCAGGCUCUGCUAUGUGCCCGUGAGGCCAUGUGGAAAGUGGGUUUGUUGUCCCAGGCGGACACGCCACCAUGCGAAAUGGCGCAGCUCCGGGACUGGUGGGGCCGGGUGUCGAGCUUCAUUCGGCUGGCUGUUGGUGAGGCGCGGUCGGCAAGUGACACCGUGUGCAGUAGGUGUGAGAGUCUGGCGACGCUCUUGCCGCUGCGAGUUCCGGCCUGCAGCAGCAUCGCUCUACGAGGCAUCACAGCGCCCUCCGCGGAUCUGGUCGUGGCCCUGAAGCACGGCUACCUCAGAAUGGCGGAGCUGCUGCUGCGGAGGUCAGAAAAUUUGCAGGUGCUGCUGCCAUGCCGGACCGCCGGACGACUCGCAUCAAAACUUGUACCUUGGACGUUGGCGCUGUGUUUCGGUCGUCCUAAUGAGACCGCCUCCCUGCUAAGCACUGUCGCCAAGCUGGUGCGGAAUGCAACUGCGAAUGCGGCCGCGAUGGAGGAGUGGGUGUGUGCGGCGCGGGAGGUGAAUGAUAUGGUUGAGGCGGAGGGGUGCAGCACUCCAUUUGGCGGGGUUGCCGAUGACCUAGACCAGGGCGUCAAUGGCCGUUUCCGGGUACUCUGUCGAGCUGCGGAGCAGCAGGUGCGGGAAUCAGAAGGGGGGGCCUUGGCCACGUCAGCGUACGUCUUGAGCGUUGGGGCGGAGCUGGUGCAGCUCGAUGCGGUUCUGGAUGCCCCGUCGUGGUGCAGCAAGGGCUGUGCCGCGGCCCAGCAGGGCCCGGAGGCUGUGUCACACACGGCACAGGACAGCGCGCAGCAGCAGGAGGGCCCAGAGAGCGUCGGUGCAUGCCGUAGCGGCAUUGGUGAGGAUCUGGAACCAGCUGGGCUUGGGGUUGCAGCCGGAGGGGACGGCAGCGGGGGAGAUGCUGGCGGCGAGGACGGCAACGGCGGGAGUGGCAGCGGCGGGGAUGUUGGCUUUUGCCAGGAGGGCGAUGGUUAUGCGGCCAGCUUUGUCGGCGCCGGUCUUGGGGGCCGCGUCAGCGAAAGUGAAACAAAGGGAGGUGGAAGUGGGCUCGGGGAGGCGAAAAUUGACGUCGUCUGCGAGCAUACGGCGCGGCUUGUGGAACGCUUGAACAAUAAGGGCAAAGUGGAGGUGACAGUGCUGCAUUUCGUUGCCAAGGCGUUGACGUACACAUUGUCGUACGUACAGCUCAUGGUGGCUGCUGCGGCGGUAAAGCAGCUGGCAGGCAAAACCAUUGGGGGCGAUUCAGCGGAGCGAUUGAUGAUCAAGGCAAAUGCUUGGGACGAGCUACUGCUGUACGAUGCAAAGCUACUGGAACAGGUGUCGCUGGUGGCAUACGUGGUGGAUAACCUGAUCUGCUCGAAUAAGCGUGACUUUAGCCUUUUAGCAAACUGGAAAACGGCGCUUAGGCUACUGGCGGCAUGGAUGCCUACCAGACUGGCGGUAGUGGUGGCGUCUUGGGAAAGCGGCAAGGCGUGGAAGUUCGUCGACAGCGCCCGCACGGCGCUGCACACCGCGGCGCCGCCAGGGCCAGUUCAAGUCGAACGUGGUUUGAAAUAUCUGUGGAGUUUGGUGGGCCCGGGCGGCAAACUUGGCGACGUGGGGCUGGUCAGGGAAGUGGAGGCCGCAUGCGCGGCAGCAGUGGCAGCGGAGGCGGAGGUGGCUGGGCGGGGCUUCCUGGACGCCAACGUGGCUACCCUUCGCAACGACGGCGCCGGUGACGAAGGGAAGUGUGACCGGGUAGCAUUCCUGGAGAAAUGGUCGCUGGUACUUGGUUGCAUGGUGACCCCCGGGGAGGCGCGUGCUGCCCUGCCCGUGUGCAGCAACCCUGAAUGUGUCCGCCUGGUCGGGGACAGCGAGGCGGGACAGCGGCUGCUCGGCUGCGGGCGCUGCGGCGGCCUGGUGCGCUACUGCUGCAAAGAAUGCCAGACGGCGCACUGGAAGGCUGGGCACGGCAAGGACUGCAGGAGAAAGGGCGACGCUGCUGCCAUUGGCAGCGUCGCCGCUGGCAGCAGCAGCAGCAGCUGCGGUGGCGGCAGCGGCGGAGAGUCCGCAGCUAAUGUUGUUGAUGGCGGGAUGGCGGUAAACACAGUGGCGGCGAAUCAACUCCAGGAAGCUUCUAUCUGA